AUGGACUUUGAUGAUGAAUGUGCAGAUGAAGAGCUACAGGUGGCGGGAAAUGACCAUGAUGAUCCACCGCAACAGGAAGAUGCAUCCAGGAGGAAGAGACGACGAUUCACUUCGAACUCCGGAAGCGGCCGAGAUGCUGUGAAGACUUGUUUUGUGGCAUCAUGCAGCGAAACGUGCGCCAAGGGAAAGAAGUGGUGUGCAACCCACAACAGCUUCUAUGAUUCGAUGAGUUACCAUGCCAAAAAGAACAAAGAGACCGAGAUAUUCAACCAAGUCAUGAGUGAUGCACUUGAAGCUGACCGAGCAUUCAAGCGAUUCAUGGACGACAAUCCUGAUCAAGGAAGGUGGUCCCGGAAGAAGUUCAUCGAGUGGAGCCAGUUCAAAAAGGAGCACUCUUUGUCAUUAGUUCACACUGACCGCCGUGGCGCCAAGCCGUUUGAGAAGAAAAAAUCAUCUAGCCGCGUUGAAACGUCCGCGGCAGAGAAGCACUUGGGAGAUGAUGACCGGGAGUUGAUGCUGGACCAGGUCAUGAAGGGUGGCACGCCGAACGAUGUUGAUGAUCGGUUUUUCACUGAGGCAGUAGGUGUGAAAAUUCGAACAGAGAAGAUGCAACUUGCAGCUGGCAAGAUCAAGGAAGCACAGGAAAAGCUAUCGAAAUCUCUUGGAUCUCAACAGGAUGCAUGUGGCCAAGUGGUGGCUUCUUACAACACAAUGCUUCAGGCAUGUGAGAAUAUUUGUAAGGCCUGGCUGGAUUCGCUGCCUUCAGAAGCUUUGAAGCUAGCCCCAAAGGUUGAAAAGAAGGAAAUUGAAGAGGGAGAUGACUACGUCAAGCCAGAGGUGCCAGAUGCAGUUGAGCAAAAGCAUCAGCAUUUUCUUCAGUUGGUAAAGAAUGCAGAGCCACAGAUUCGGCUUUGCAACGGUGACUUGGAGCUGAUUUCCCUUGUGAUGUUGGAGUUCUACCAGCACUUGCUGUCAUCUGCCUCAUCACCUGCAUGGCUGGUGGCGUUUGAAUCAGAAUGCAAGUCUCUGUGGUCAGUGCAGGAUGUAUUUCAAAAGUCUUUGGUCAGAAUCUCAACCGAUGUCCUUAGCUACAUUAGCCAGAAAGAACGCACCGCUGCCAGAAACCAGGAGAGGAAGCGCAAGGAGGAUGAGAGCCGAGCUGCAAAGACGCAAAGAGCACAAGCCAAGGCACAUGCAGCAAUGGUCAAGCAAGCAAAAGCACAUGGACAUGCAGUUUUUGGAGUUGAUGAUAAAUUGUUUCAAUCCUUUGCAGACCGAUCGCCAUGGGUGUGGAAAGGUUGCGAGAGCUGCAAGUCGUGGCGCAAUCAUCCCAAUGUCUCUUUGCGGUUGUCUGAAUUUGGUGGGAGCUACAAGCAGGCUGCUUCUUUUAAAGCAGAUGGGCGCAGCCAGGCUCCAAUUCUUCGAAACCAAGGAAAGCAGGAAUCAGAUAUUCUGUGGUCGUCGGUGUUUCCAUCCAAAAGCAUUUUGGACAUCACCAAGAUUCCAGAAGGAACUUCUUUCAUGCAGAAUUGCUGGUGGUUUGGGUAUGAUCCCAAGAAUUCUUGGGCCCACUUUGCUCCAAAUGGAGCUGGGAUGAUUCGGUGCAUUGCGUCUGGCCAGAUGCGUAUCAUUUGCUUCCCGGUGGCAGAUGUUCAGGAAACUAUGCGUGCUAAGGGCAUGACGGUGAACUUGGACGAGCUGACCCAGUUUGUGUUGUCCCUCACCAAGGAGGAUCCAUUGGUUGGCAAGGGAUAUGCUGUGAACGUUUCCCAGGAUGAUGUCGUUUACAUACCGCCAGGGAUGAUACUAUGUGAAAAGAGUUCUUCUUCGGCUCUUCUUUAUGGUGGCCGCAAAUCCUAUAUCUUGAAAAAUGAAGACUGCAUGCAAUCCUACCAAGGUUGCAUUGACAUGCUGAAAGCGUCCAGCCGUGAUCCUAGCAAAAUGGAAUCAGUAGUUGAGCUGUACAAAACUGUGACGUCCAUGCCUCCUCCCCCAGUUCCUCAAAAGGCACAAGCGGAAAAAGUGUUGGAGCCGGGAGACUUGAAUUCAAAGAAGGUGACCGAGGAUCGAGGUGACGGCAAUGAUGCACUUCGGUUGGCUCGAUUCAAGUCUUUAGUGGCUGGUGGCCUUCAUGUUUAUUCAGAUUAUUCUGGUAUGGCUGGCGAGUUUGAAGCUCUUUUCCAGCUGGGUGAAGCUUUGGCCUCCAGAGUUGAAUUCGAAGUCAGCCAUCGACGUUUCUGUGAUAUCAGCAAACUGGCGCAAGGAAUUUUGAAAGAAAUUUCCUCAAUGGAAUUCAAUGAGCCUUGCGUGAUGAGUGACAUAAAUAGCCGCUUGCCAGAGCAUGCCUUGAGGUGGUUGAAUGCUGCAGAGCCAGCUGGAGAAGACAGCGCUGAAGCUGCUGCAAGCAGCUAUGGCUCCAUGGACAUGUAUUUGAAGCAGAACAGAAAGUCAAUCUUUGCAGAUGCAACGCAUGAUUGGUGCAUUGUGCAUAAUCGCCGUUGCGAACUUUUUCCUCAAGUUUGCGGUCUCUAUGAUGAUGAAUGUGAUGAUGGUUUCAAGCAGCCUCUGGUCAUCAACUUCGCCGGAACAACAUGUAAAGGUUGGUCUGCGGUGGGAAAAGGUCGAUGCUUCAGCGAUCCAUCAGAAAGGCCACACAGCAUUUGGACCAAUGAAAGGGGAUUCCGCGCAUCAGAGACGGUGCAGUCGCAAGAAACCAUGUUUUUUUCGGAAUGCACACCAAGAUAUCCGGUGAAGGUGCGGUGCAGUUUCAAAGUUCAAAGUUCAGACUUCAGACUUCAGACGUUGUGA